AUUGCCAAAUGUUACGUUCGGUUAUGUGGCUGCCUUUCUGGUUUUCGACGCCUGCCUGACUCCUCUAAUCUGACUGGUUUAAAGAAUAAAGUUGGGAUGUUGGGAUUGGAUCCUCUCCACGUGUGCGUGUGUGUGCGCCAUAAUAACAGAUUGUUAUGGUUUAGGUCAGUUAACUGAAGCUAAACUGAAACUAAAGUAAAAGUCAACGCCCGUUGCCAUCAUGAAGAAUCUGAUAUUUUUGUGCUGUAUAUUUGCUUUGCCUUACUCCUACAAUGCCGGUUCACACUCUUUAUGGAUGUUUGUAACAUUAAUUAGAGGAGAAACCCCUUUUCCUGAAUUCACAAUAGUCUUAAUGUUUGAUGAUAUACAAAUUGGGUACUAUGCCUCCAAUGAAAAAAAAAUAUUGCACAGAGGACUGGAAACAGGACCAGAAAGAACAUUUGGGGCAGAUGAAAUGGAUUAUUUCAGAUAUUAUAUACAGUAUGUACAUGGAUGCAUGAAAGACAGGGCAGAUUAUCUAAGUAACUAUUUCAACCAUACAAACAGCUUUUAUGUUUUUCAGAGAGCUGCUGGAUGUGAGUUGCUGGAGAAUAAUCAGCCAGGAGGUCUGGCGAGUAAUGACGCUUACAACGGGGAAACUAUAGAGAAGGAGUACUAUGAUGCAUCUCAUGAGACGCUGCACACUGACCAGCGGUGGCCAGAAAUAGUACAUGAAGUGUGGUCUCACAAAUAUCCACUACGAUAUAGAUAUAUAUACCAUCCCAACUGCAUCGAAUUUAUUAGGAGAAACUUGGAAAAGGAAAGGAAUCGUCUGCUUAAAAAAGUGAAACCCAGAGUCAGGCUCCUCCAGAAUGCACUCACACACUCAGGAGGGGCUCAGCUGACCUGCCUGGCCACUGGUUUUUACCCCCGUCACAUCAACCUGACCCUGCUCAGAGACGGGCAGCCUGUGGCUGAUCACCUGAUUACUGGGGGGGAGGUACUCCCUAACGGAGAUGAAACCUACCAGAUGAGGAAGAGGAUGGUGAUCAGCGCAGAGGAACUAAGAGAGAAACACCACUACACCUGCACUGUCACACACCUCAGCCUGGACAACAAGCUGGACAUCGGUUUAGGUAUAACAAGGCAUUAA